AUGGCCUCAAUGGGACUCCCGAUGCGCGGAUCAACUACAACAACGCGUUGCUGGGGGGGCAUCACCCCUUACGUGUAUGGGGAUUCCGCAAGGCUCAGCACCCAGACAUCUUACCUCAAUGUCCCGUACAGGAUACAGAAGAUUGUGCCCGAGAUCAUGCUGCCACCGAUUGGCGACGGCAAGGGGAUGGUGCGCAUCUCGCACGCGGUGGAUUACGGUGACAUCGCCUGGUCGCUGAGGCUGCGGUCUGUGCAGAACACGCUGGGUGUCACCGUGAAGGCUGCCGAGGGUGUGAAGGACAGCGGCACGCACCUGACUGCAUUCAUCAAUUUGCCAACGCUGAAUUACAUCCUCUUUGGCCUGCAGCAUGUCUGGAGGCGGGUGAGGCUCGAUGAUUGGACCCCAUCGCUGAGUGACGCACAGUGGAGGAAUUUCCUCAUGGACAUCCUUGGGCAGACGGUCUCGAACUCCGACUUCAAGGUUUUCAAGGAUCGAGAGAUCAGGGAUGUGUUGGCGAUCUUCCUGAAUGCCGUGGUCCCCUUUGGGGUGUGUGCUGGGUCGGAGAAACAGGGCGGGAUGCACGAGGUGGGGAUGAGCCCUGUGAUGCUGGCGGUGAAUCACGUCACGAGCAUGAAUGUGGAGGGGCACACGAAGGACCUCAUCAAUUACUGGCGGCACAUCGAGCUGAAUUCGGGAGACCGGCUGUGCUUCAGGCUGGGGAUGAUGCCAAUGCCCAACGACACUCCGCUGCUCACCGCGACUUUGAAUCAUUUCUACAAGCGCAUCAUCAAGGUGGAUUUCACACCGUGCAUGAUCGUGGGUGGAGAGAUUGAUCGUGACUUCUUUGUGAUAAUCCCCGAUGUGAUGCCAUACCGCGUGGACCUGAGGAAGUUGUCGAUGGAUCCCUCGUCGGUGGAGUACGAGAAACUGCAACAGAGCAAGUCCGUAUGGUACGUGGGGACAACACAGCAGCACUACAAGAUGAUGUUCGGGAUGAAUGCCAUGCAUUACUUCCUAGACGACGAGGUGUUUAUGCGCGGUGCGUUGCUGCAGGCAAACUUCUGUCCGAUGCCUUUAGAUUGGGCCUAUGAGGAUGACGACAUGGAGAAUGCCGAGGGUGUGAUGUUGGAGAGCAGUGCAAAGCGCUUCAAACUGCCGUCGGUGCAAGCGCCGAUGGAAGCACCCAAAAAGAGGUUCGAGCUGCCGUCGGUGAGCUGUUGCAAGGAUAGUGUCUCCGCACCCGUGGUGGAAUCAAUGGUGCCAGAAAAGGUGCAGCAGAGCAAGGUGAAAAAGCAGGUUGCAAAGGCAGUGGGGACAGCGGUGAAGAAAUCGGUAGUCGUGGUAGGGGAUAAGGAAUAA